GGGGAGCUGGGCGAGGCCUUCAGCCACGUGACCCAGGGCAAGGGCAAGGGCCAGAUUGAUGCGGCCACCUUCUUGCAGGGCAUGCACGCCUUCGCCCAGCACUUGCAGCCCCACCUGUCGGUGGACUUGAGGAGGCCCAGCAAAGACAUGAACGAGCAGAUGAAGAAUCGGCCGAGCGAGGUGCUGAGGCUCAACAAGAA